AUGACAAUCUCGUUAUUUCGUCAGUCGCGCGCGGCUGUGCGUCCCAUCGAUAUUUUAGAUUUUAGAACAAUUAAAAUUUCAGCUAAAAAUAAGAGUUGAACAAGAAGAAAACGUGCAAAAUAUAUAUAUAUCAUCAUUCCGAAAAAAUAAGAACCUUGGAAGAGAACCGAAAUGGCCUAAAAAACCAAGACUACAGUAGACUUCGCGAAAUUUUGGAGUCCAUUUGAAAAAUAAAAUGCGAAAUUUACACGCUGGCUAUUUGCCAACCAGUUUGAUGUGCAUGUGUCACGUCAUUUUUAGUCUACUGUACGUGAGCGCUAAUUCAAACAGAGGGUUUCUUUUUUUUUCGGAAUGACAAUAACAAAUUGGGUGCAAAAGUUUUGUAAAAAAUUAAAAAUGAAAAAUAUUUUUGAAGGACUCGAAUUCGCGGCAAACACUUAGAUGUGCAUGUACAGUAAUCAGAACGUUUGAUUGCGAGGGAAUUUUGAAAAUUUUGGGGUCUGGGAUGGAAAUUUUGGAAAAAGCUGGAAAUAGCAAUCCAAAUUGUGGUUUGCGCAGGGAAAAUGAAUACCUACUAAAAUUUAGGAACAAGGUCAAAUCAAAUCCCGUUGUCUAGCAGAUUUCUGAUAGUGAGAAAAAUGUGGAAUUUCAGAUUUUUUGACAGUUCUUCAAGAUUUUCAUAAUAUUUUUCAUUUACAUAAAGGUUCAGUACAACUUAUUGAAAUUGAGAAGUUUCAAAAUUUUCUAGAGAAAAACCAUCAGAUCCCAUUUUUUGUAUAUUUCCAACCAAAAAUCAGAAAAUUUCAGUCGAGAGAUUAAACAUUUUUAGGCAAAGCAUCAAGGGCUUCCAGAUGCUUGUUUUAAAUUUCAAAUUCUACAGCGAAAAGUUUAUAAAAACUUCGGAGAACUUAAUAUUUCGGUUCGAAAUCCCUGUUCUGAAAUUCCAGAUUUCCAGUCAGAACCAAUUCAGCCAGCUAGCUUAAGAAAGUCCAGUCAAAGAAGAACCACAAAAAACAAAUCGUGUUGAGAAGAGAGAAGUUCCAACUACUUCGACUCAUCAACCUUCAUCUUAUGAUGUUGAUUCAGAAUUUUUGACAAGCAGUGAUGGAACUGAUGGAUUUUUUUUGGAUGACAGUGAGGCAACAAAGCAGCGAAAGACUGAAGUUUGUUGAAAUUUUUGCGAUUUUAUUAUAUUUUUUUCAGGAAUAUGAAAGAAAGAAGGAUGAAAAGGAAAGAAAGAAGAUUUUACAGAAAAAGAAGCGAGAAGAGAAUAAACAAGUAGCUCCACCAGUUCGAGGUAAUUUGAAACAAACAAACUGCUGUUGCAAGUUGAAAAUCAGAAAUAAGUUGCAACUUGCAACUUAUUUCUGAUUUUCAUUUUUUUUUCAGUUUUCCAGUCUGCGUUUGAUAAUGAUAAUGAUGAAACAAUCGAAAACAAUUCUUCGAAUAACACCAAAAAAUCAUAUGCAUCAACAUCUGCUUUGCCUGUAACUUCAGUUAAUGCUGAUGUAUGUUAUUAUUUAUAUCCUGAAUUUAAAUCUCGAAAACAAUUGUUUUUUCAGUCGAAUCUUCUUGGAAAAGCUGCACGACCUCAGGUUCCACACGAACCAUCUGAAGUUCAAUUACUCAGGAAUCGCGAAGAAGAAGGCGAAAAUUCGAGAAGAAGAAUGAAUCUAAGAGAAGAAUAA